AUGAUUGCUGACGACCAAUUGAAUACGCUAGCUAUUGCCUUUGGAGUCAUCAUGGUGACUUUAAUUGUUGUGUACCAUGCGAUUUUAUCCAGUACCAAACAAACAGCUGUUAAAGAGGCCUAA